AUGGAGAAGGAAGACGAGGAGAAUGGACCUGAAGAAUCAACUAAUGCUGAUGUUAGUGUUUCUUUGAAUGAAAUUUCUAACAAUCAAGCUUAUCCAUACGAAGAUGUUAAUGCUAUUCCAAACAUGUACGAAAUCGGCACUUCGAAACCGGGGACCGAAUUAGUUCAUAGUACUUAUGAACAGAAGACUGCCAACAGAUAUAUUGACAAUCAAGGGAAAGCUUUCAAGAAGCCAAACAAGGUUCUCCACUGUCCUCGCUGCAAUUGUUUGGACACAAAGUUUUGCUAUUUCAACAAUUACAAUGUUAACCAACCAAGGCACUUCUGCAAAAAUUGUCAUAGGUAUUGGAUAGCUGGGGGAGAAAUUUGGAACGUUCCUAUUGGAAUCGGUAAGCAUAGAAAUAAGCAUUUGCCUUUGAAGAACAUACCUAUCACACAAACAGAUUCUGACCCUACUAGUCACAAGGGGAAGUUCCUCUUAGUGAACCACUAG